GACCAGGAAAAGGCGCAUGCGUGAAGAAGGGAACGAUGGUGGACAGGUAGGCAACGCAUCAAGCUUGAUGAUAUCUAUCGACUAGCGAUCGAUUUCCAACAGUUCACUAGAACUAAUAGAUCCUAUAUCACUUAUUUGCAGCUACUAGCAUUGUAGCUAGCUUCCGUAGAACGAAGCCCUGGAACAUACAAAAAUGCCGAACAUUAAGAUAUUCAGCGGUAGCUCGCAUCGGGAACUGUCUCACAAAAUUGCUGACCGUCUUGGGAUGGAACUCGGGAAGGUUGUCACCAAGAAAUUCAGCAAUCAAGAAACAUGUGUUGAGAUCGGGGAGAGUGUCCGUGGAGAGGAUGUCUACAUCGUACAGAGCGGCUGUGGGGAGAUCAAUGAUAAUCUGAUGGAGCUGCUGAUUAUGAUCAAUGCGUGUAAGAUCGCCUCGGCCUCCCGGGUCACAGCCGUCAUCCCCUGCUUCCCCUACGCACGGCAGGACAAGAAGGACAAGAGUCGAGCGCCCAUCUCAGCCAAGCUGGUGGCUAACAUGCUGUCUGUGUCUGGAGCUGAUCACAUCAUCACUAUGGACCUCCACGCCUCACAGAUCCAGGGUUUCUUCGACAUCCCGGUGGAUAACCUGUAUGCUGAGCCUGCUGUACUGAAGUGGAUCAAGGAGAACAUCGCAGAGUGGAAGACCUGCACCAUCGUCUCUCCAGACGCAGGGGGGGCCAAGAGAGUGACUUCCAUAGCGGACAGGCUCAAUGUGGACUUUGCUCUGAUCCACAAAGAGAGAAAGAAGGCCAAUGAGGUGGAUCGCAUGGUGCUGGUCGGGGACGUCACGGACCGGGUGGCCAUCUUGGUGGAUGACAUGGCAGACACCUGUGGUACUAUCUGUCACGCAGCCGACAAGCUGAUCUCAGCUGGUGCUACCAAGGUGUAUGCCAUCCUGACCCACGGUAUCUUCUCUGGCCCGGCCAUCUCCCGGAUCAAUAACGCCUGCUUCGAGGCCGUGGUCGUCACCAACACUAUCCCUCAGGAGGAGAAGAUGAAGACCUGUCCUAAGAUACAGGUGAUUGACAUCUCUAUGAUCUUGGCAGAGGCCAUCCGCAGGACCCACAACGGAGAAUCUGUCUCCUACCUCUUCAGCCACGUUCCCUUGUAACAUCACACACACACUGAGUCACCUGGGGGCACUGUUUAGUAGGGGAAAACAGAACAUUCAGAACAGACACGGCCAUAUCUCAUGCAGAAUAGGGACGUUGGGGAACCGAUAUGAUUGUCUUUCAGGUAGACUAAGGAAAGCAGAGUAGGCUCUUCAGUUCUAUGCCCAGUAUUCUGGAAUGUUUCUCAUCAGUGAAUAGAAUCCAGCCCUACUAUUCUGUUACACCAGAAAGAGGAGAGGGAAGUCCUAUACAAACACCAGUGUUGGGCUCGAUUCCAUUUCAAUUCCAGUCAAUUCAAGAAGUACACUGACUAGAGGUCGACCGAUUAUCAUUUUUCAACGCCGAUACCGAUUAUUGGAGGACCAAAAAAGCCGAUAAUCGGACAAUUUUAUUAGGGGGGAAAAAUGUUUUAUGUAUCUAUAUAUCAUACACACACAUUUUUGUAAUAAUGACAAUUGCAACAAUACUGAAUGAACACUUUUAUUUGAACUUGAUACAUAAAUACACACACACAGCUCUGAAGUGACAAUGAUACUGAAGAGUCUGCUUAGGAGACAAAUACUCCCAACUGUUUGAAUAAAAAUAGAGUUUAAGUUACCUGUGAUGAAUGUUGAAAACAAAAACUUUCAUUUCUAUAUGGAGGAAAUCCUAUUUUAAUAAUGGACAUGGUAAGAAUUGACAACCAAAGUGCGAGUCAUAAUUCCCAUGAUACCUUCUAGCAAAAUCUGCAAAGCGGUUCCUUCAUUUAAUCCAUAGGAUAUUUUUAGGUUCACUUAAAUAAGGUCUGUUUCAUGUAGGCUCACACCACCGUGCCAAUUUUAUAACUGUGUAGAUAUCCAUAGGACAAGAUAACUGAUCAAUAUUGGCUAAACAUAAGCGAAGAUUUUAAAAAAUUGUAGAGUGGAUUUCUGAAAAUAUGUUGACAAACGUUACCUUAUCCUAGUGAGAUUUACAGGGGUAUCAAAACGCCGAGGCAGUUUAAGCACGAAACAAUGACCUUAUUUGAAGUAGAUCAAGACAUUCUCUAUGGAAGACUUGAAGGGUAAAAUAACGAAGGAACCCCUUUCAAGUUCAGCCGCAAGUUAUUACAGGAAUUAUAACGCGUCGACUAUUUCUCUCUAAACCAUAUACCUUUGACUAAUCCGGAAACUAUCACCUCGAAAACAAAACAUUUAUUCCGUUCCGUAUUUUAUCUAACGCGUGGCAUCCAUGAGUCUAAAUAUUCCUGUUACAUUGCACAACCUUCAAUGUUGUCAUAAUUACGUAAAAUUCUGGCAAUUUAGUUCGCAAAGAGCCAUGCGGCCCAAACUGUUGCAUAUACCCUGACUGCGUGCAAUGAACGCAAGAGAAAUGACACAAUGAUCAGGUGUUAGAGCAUUGGACUAGUUAACUGUAAGGUUGCAAGAUUGGAUCGCCCGAGCUGACAAGGUUAAAAAUCUGUCGUUCUGCCUCCUAGGCCGUCAUUGAAAAUAAGAAUGUGUUCUUAACAGACUUGCCUAGUUAAAUAAAGAUUAAAUAAAGGUGUAAAAAAAAAAAAACUGCAAAUCGGCGCCCAAAAAUAUCGAUUUCCGAUUGCUAUGAAAACUUGAAAUCGGCCCCGAUUUAUCGGCCAUUUCGAUUAAUCGGUCGACCUCUAAUACUGACAUUCCAAUUCUUUUCAAUCAGGAAAUUUUGGAAUUGGAUUUGGAAUUAGGUUUACUUUCUGAAUUGAGGUUUAAAUUGAAUUGACCCCAACUGGGAGAAACACCCCCAUUUCUAUUAGCAUCGCUCUGCUGCUAUUGCUAACUAACCACAUAAUAAUUAGGAUGAAUGUUUAAUAAUGAUGAUGACAUGUUCAUUUCCAGUCCCUCUCUCACCCGUAAACAGUGUUUGCAUCCCAAAUGGAGCCUUUUUCCUACAUAGUGAACUUCUUUUGACUUGUGCCCAUGGGCUGUGGUCAAAAGUAGUGCACUGCAUGGGGAAUAGGGUGCCAUAUGGGACAUGUCUAUCAGGGACAAAAGAGGUCAGUGUUGAUUAUUUAUUGUGAGUGGGUGAACUCACCUAAUGCCAACAGUUGUUCAUAAUAAUGCUGUUACAAUACUUCUGUUACAAAAAGAGGGCGAGAGACAGUUGGAUGCUGACUGACUUCAGGUAUUUUAUUAUUUUCUUUUUUAUUCGGUUGAAAGAUGAGACUCAUAAUGUGUUAAGUGAAUGAGUUAUAGUUGACAGUGCCACUGAUGUUCAUCUGGGUGAUUCAUAAGUAUUUUUAAAGGGGCAAUCUAGGAUCGGUACUUCUAAUUUUUGGACAUAAUGGUAAAUAGCCCACUGAACUUAUAAAUGCCUCCUCCAUGAUCUUCAUGAUCUGCAUCCCUAGCUCUGUCUGGGAAUUUGAGAGUGGGCACAUAACUCCAACCCCAUCCCUCACCUGUUGACCUAAACAAGUAUGGGGGGGGGGGGUUCUAAUUGCGGAUUGCCCCUCUUAAGACUAUUGGGAAUCGUUCUUUCAGUGGGUGCAGAGGAGGCAGGUUUUGCUCUUCGAGGUUGCCGUCUAGAAGCUGUUGGUUUUUAGCUCUGCAGGAUGGAGCUUCCUAGAAAAGUCUCUGCUAUUUUUAUUUACUUAAUUUCUUUCAAUAGCAUUUGUAUAAUAAACUCUCGAAAGAGUGGUAUCUGUCUGACUUUAGUUUCAUGUACAGUUGAAGUUGUAAGUUUACAUACACUUAGGUUGGAGUCAUUUAAAACUCAUUUUUCAACCACUCCACACAUUUCUUGUUAACAAACUGUUGUUUUGGCAAGUCGGUUAGGACAUCUACUUUGUGCAUGACACAAGUCAUUUUUACAGACAGAUUUAUUUCACUUAUAAUUCACUGUAUCACAAUUCCAGUGGGUCAGAAGUUUGUAAAAUUCCAGAAAAUGUCAUGGCUUUAGAAGCUUCUGUUAGGCUAAUUGACAUCAUUUGAGUCAAUUGGAGGUGUACCUGUGGAUGUAUAUCAAGACCUACCUUCAAACUCAGUACCUAUUUGCAUGACAUCUUGGGAAAAUCUAAAGAAAUCAGCCAAGACCUCAGAAAAAUAAUUGUAGACCUCCACGAGUCUGGUUCAUCCUUGGGAGCAAUUUCAAAACGCCUGGAGGUACACGUUCAUUUGUACAAACAAUAGUUUGCAAAUAUAAACAACAUGGGACCACGCAGCCGUCAUACCGCUCAGGAAGGAGAUGCGUUCUGUCUCCUAGAGAUGAACGUACUUUGGUACGAAAAGUGCAAAUCAAUCCCAGAACAACAGCAAAGGACCUUGUGAGGAUGCUGGAGGAAACGGGUACAAAAGUAUCUAUAUCCACAGUAAAACGAGUCCUAUAUCGACAUAACCUGAAAGGCCGCUCAGCAAGGAGGAAGCCACUGGUCCAAAACCGCCAUAAAAAAGCCAGACUACGGUUUGCAACUGCACAUGGGGACAAGAACGUACUUUUGGAGAAAAGCAAGCCGAAGAACACCAUCCCAACCGUAAAGCACGGGGGUGGCAGCAUCAUGUUGUGGGUGUGUUUUGCUGCAGGAGGAACUGGUGCAUUCACAAAAUAGAUGGCAUCAUGAGGAGGGAAAAUGAUGUGGAUACAUUGAAGCAACAUCUCAAGACAUCAGUCAGGAAGUUAAAGCUUGGUUGCAAAUGGGUCUUCCAAAUGGACAAUGACCCAAAGCACACUUCCAAAGUUGUGGCAAAAUGGCUUAAGGACAACAAAGUCAAGGUAUUGGAGUGGCCAUCUGUUAUGAAUUUUAUAUAUAAUGACUAAAUGAUGUAUACAUUUAAUGUAAUGAUAGGACUAUAUCUAACAGAAUUCUACCCUGCCUCUGUAUAAUGAUGAAGAAUGUUUGUCCGUAAGAAAGAGGAACAGACAAGGAACUGUGGCAGACAGCUUGUGACAACGGUGAAACUGAUAGCGGGAAGGAGAGGGGAGAACCCUUUGGGCUUGCAGUAGACUGUGUAACAUGUUGCAGGAUGUGAUAAGCAUUGUAUGUGUAGGAGAAGACUUGUAAACUAUAUUGUCAUUGUCUGAGAGGAGGGACAUUUAUGACGAAAUGGGAGGUAUAUAAACCAAUGUACAUGAUAUGAUUGGUAGAGCUCUCGUAAAUAAAUUACCAAUUUGUAAGUCGCUCUGGAUAAGAGCGUCUGCUAAAUGACUUAAAUGUUAAAUGUAAAUGUUUGACUAUUGUAGACUGGCCUCUGUCUUUCGUUUCAUCAAGAAUCUUACAAAUUCUUGGUAGCAGACCGAGUAGUUUAGUUGAAGUUCAGUUUAUGAACAUUGAGAACAUAAUUCUCCUAACACCAUCACAAAGCCCUGACCUCAAUCCCAUAGAAUAUGUGGGCAGAACUGAAAGAGCAUGUGCGAGCAAGGAGGCCUACAAACCUGACUCAGUUACACCAGCUCUGUCAGGAGGAAUGGGCCAAAAUUCACCUCGUUUUUUCUGGUAAGCUUGUGGAAGGCUACAUGAAAUGUUUGACCCAAGUUAAACAAUUUAAAGGCAAUGCUGCCAAAUACUAAUUGAGUGUAUGUAAACUUCUGACCCACUGGGAAUGUGAUGAAAGAAAUAAAAGCUGAAAUAAAUAAUUAUCUCUACUAUUAUUCUGACAUUUCACAUUCUUAAAAUAAAGUGGUGAUCCUAACUGACUUAAGACGGAAUUUCUACUAGGAUAAAAUGUCAGGAAUUGUGAUACAACUUAGCCAAAUACAUUUAAACUUUGUUUAUGUAAACUUCUGACUUUCAACUGUAUGUGCUUAUAUUCUGAUUGUGUGUGACUUCAGCGUAAGGUGAAUCACUGCACCAAACAUUUGAUGGCUGAAUGUGAUCUUAUUAAAGAGAUGGUGAAAACGAA